GCAGUGCCACUCCCAAACUCAAGGGGCAACAUUGCCUAUUUGGGGCGUUUCCACAUAGAAACAAAACGAGCCCUAACUUCCGGUUUGGAGUUUUCAAACACUAGCUACCUAGCCGCUAAUCUUCUCUCAGGGAAUUACUGACAUCUUUACUGAUUUUGUGAAGCAGUGAGCUAUGUUAGCUAAGAGGAGAAGAACCACUUCCCCCUCCAGCAGUGUCAGCGGUGGAGGGGAUCUCGAUGACGUCUCCACUCCUGGAAGUGGUCGAAAAAGAAAGAGGGUCUCCAGUGUUCCCCCUGUAGAUACGAUUGCUGUAUGUCAUGAGCUGUUCAACGCAGUCAGGGACCACAAGGAUGAUCAAGGGAAAAACAUCAGUGAACUUUUUCUAAGGGUACCAAAGCGAAGAAACCUCCCUGAUUACUAUGAGGUGGUGUCCCAGCCCAUAGACAUGACAAAAAUCCAGCAUAGGCUGAAGUCCGAAGACUAUCAAGAAGUGGAGCAGAUCACUGCAGACUUCCAGCUCAUGUUCAAUAAUGCCAAGUUGUUUUACAAGAGAGACAGCGAGGAAUAUCAAGCCGCCUGCAAGUUGUGGGACAUCUAUUUGCAGACGAGGAAUGACUUUUUGCAGGCUGGAGACGGAGAAGACGACGAUGAAGAUGUGGACGAUGUGGAUAAUCCAGGGGUGUCUACAGAAGAUGAGAAUUCCACCAGCAGUGUAAAGGAAGUGUUGGAGCAGAUCCUUGAGGCCGUGGUCAUGUACACUGAUCCCUCAGGUCACGUGGUCAGUGAACUCUUCCAAAAACUGCCAUCCAAAGUGCAUUACCCAGACUACUAUGCUGUUAUAAAGGAGCCCAUUGAUCUGAGAAUGAUCGCUCAAAGAAUACAGGUGGGAUACUACAAAAGUGUCAACGCAAUGGCCAAGGACAUCGACCUGAUGGCCAAAAAUGCCAAAACAUACAAUGAACCCGGAUCUCAGGUUUUUAAGGAUGCAAACACCAUAAAGAAAGUCUUCAUCCAGAAGAAAACGGAAAUUGAGCAUGCCGAACCCACAAAAUCCAGUCUUCGUAUCAGAAAUCGCAGGUCUGGUCAGGUAGAUCGGCUUUCUGGUGUCAGCAUAGCACUUCAGUACGGCUCGGAGAGCGAGGACGACCCCAUGCUGUCCGGCUCAGUGUGCUACGAUGAAGGCGAGUCGGAGGCUGAGAGUCAGAGUUCUUGCAUGGAGAUGAGCAACCCCAUCUUCCAGCUGUAUGAAGCCGUAAGAGGCGCCAGGAACAGCCAGGGCCAGCUGUUCUCCGAACCCUUCCAGAACCUGCCCUCUCGCAGGGAGUAUCCUGACUAUUACCAGCAGAUAAAACAGGCCAUCUCCCUGCAGCAAAUCAGGGCCAAGAUGAAGAAUGGUGAAUAUGAAAAUAUGGAACAAAUGGACACAGACCUCACUUUGAUGUUUGAGAAUGCAAAGCGGUACAACAUGCCCAACUCAAGCAUUUAUAAACGGGCCUUGAGGCUUCAGCAGAUACUGCAGGCGAGAAAGAGGGAACUUUUGAGAAGAGAUGAUGAGGAUGGAGACAGUGUACUGUCAUCUGAUGCAGGCAGCGCCAAGAGAAAAAGCUUCAAGAAAAACAUGAAAAAGAACCGAAUGAAAGCCCUGUACGCCGCAGUGACGGACGCGCGGGAGGUGGGCACCAGUCGCCGCCUUUGUGAUCUUUUUAUGGUCAAGCCCUCCAAGAAGGACUACCCCGACUACUAUAAGGUCAUCCUGGAGCCCAUGGACCUGAAGACCAUUGAGCAGAACAUUCGCAACGAGCGCUACACCACAGAGGAAGCGCUGAUGGAUGACAUGAAAUUGAUGUUCCGCAACGCCAGGCAUUAUAAUGAGGAAGGAUCUCAGGUAUACAAUGAUGCUGACAUCCUGGAGAAGAUUCUAUUGGAUAAGCGCAAGGACUUGGGACAGCCGCCUGAAGAAGAGGACGUAGGCUCUCCCAAGCUGAAACUGAGAAAAAGCGGCGUCUCUCCAAAGAAGACCAAAUACCUCACUCCUCUGCAGCAGAGGUUAAACGAGCUGUACGACGCGGUGCGGAAUUUCACUGACCGCCGAGGUCGUCGCCUGAGCACCAUCUUCCUCCGCUUGCCUUCCCGUGCCGAGCUGCCCGACUACUACGCCACCAUCAAGCGGCCUGUCGACAUGGAACGCCUGCGCAGCCACAUGGCGGCGGGUCGUUACCAGGACGUGGAGGCCCUGGUGGAGGACUUUGCUCUCAUGUUCAACAACGCUUGCAUGUACAACGAGCCCGAGUCGCUCAUCUACCGGGACGCCCUGGUGCUGCACCGGGUGCUGCUGGAGACGCGCAAGCAGCAGGAGGGAGGCGAGGACUCUGGGCCUCCUAAUGUGGGAGCUCUGGUGCGAGAGAUGGUCAGGAACCUGUACGUGUCUGUGCUGAGUCAUCAGGACGAAGAAGGGAGAUGCUACAGCGACUCGCUGGCUGAAAUUCCCGCCGUGGAUCCAGACGACCCAGAGAAGCCUCCGCUAAACUUUGAUGUCAUCAGGGUGAAUGUGGAGCGUGGCCGCUACAGGAGACUGGAUGUCUUUCAGGAGCACAUGUUUGAGGUGCUGCAGAAAGCCAGGAGACUGCACCGGACGGACUCUGAGGUCUUUGAUGACGCCGUAGAACUACAACAGUUUUUCAUCAAGAUCCGGGAUGAACUGUGCAAGAACGGAGAGAUUCUUCAAACCACUGCGCUUAGCUACUCUCUGAAACACCUCCACAAUGACGUGGAUCAGGAAAAGCGGGAGAAGAUCCCCAAAGAAAUUCAGGAGGAUAAGGAAAAGGAGGCCAGUGAGGAAGACGGCAGCAAAAACAAAGGUACAAAGGAGCAGGACCUGCCAGCAGAAAUAUGGAGUCCUGAGUCUGAGACUAAUAUCGCGUACCAGGAGGAAUGCACCCUCGAAAACACCACCUAUCGUGUAGGGGAGUUUGUGUACGUGCAGCCAUCCGAGCCCAACCUCAAGCCUCACAUUGUUUGUGUUGAACGGCUCUGGGAAGACGACGCAGGUGAGAAGUGGCUCUACGGCUGCUGGUUCUACAGGCCGAGCGAAACCUUCCAUCUGGCAACUCGCAAGUUCCUGGAAAAGGAAGCCUUCAAGAGCGACUACUACAACAGAGUGUCCCUCAGCAAAGUCCUCGGCAAAUGUGUGGUCAUGUGUGUGAAGGAUUAUUUCAAACUCCAACCGGAGGGCUUCAAAGCCGAGGAUGUGUACGUCUGCGAAUCUCGAUACACCGCAAGGUCCAAGCUAUUCAAGAAGAUCAAGAUAUGGGCCAUGCCUCCCAGCCCUGCCAAAUGUGUCCCUCGAGAUGUGCCCCUGCCUGUCGUCCGUGUGGCUUCCAUGUUUGCCAAGCCUGACUUGGAGAAGCUUGCAGUCUUGUAUGUAGACGGCAGCAGUUUUGUGGACAAGGACAGAGAGGAUGUCACCAUGGAGAUGAGCGCUGCCGAGCCAGGCUGCCAAUACUAUGAACAGUUGCACUACAACAACAUGUGGUUCAAAGUGGGAGACUGCGUUUACAUUCAAUCGCACGGUCUGUCCAAGCCUCGGAUUGCCAGGCUUGAGAAGCUUUGGAUCCAGGAUGGAGCCACUUUCUUCUUCGGGCCGAUCUUCAUUCAUCCGGAGGAGACGGAGCACGAGCCCACCAAGAUGUUCUACAAGAGAGAGGUGUUUCUCAGCCAUCUGGAGGAGACCUUGCCCAUGACCUGUGUCAUAGGCAAAUGCAUGGUGUCCUCGUUCAAGGACUACUUGUCAUGCAGACCCACCGAGAUUGCAGAAGAGGAUAAUCUACUUUGCGAGAGCCGCUACUUUGACGCCGAGAAACAAGCCAAAAAGUUCAAGGGUUUGAAACGCUUCUCCUACUCCUCCAAAGUGGUUGAAGAUGAGGUCUUCUAUUUCAGGAAAGUCAUUGUUCCACAGAAGGAAGCUUCUCCCUUUUUGGACAAGAAGAUAGAUGAACUUGAGGUUAAACUAGCAGAUAUAGAGGAUGGAGAUGAUGACAUGGAUGAUAUGGACGAUGACGAUGACGCCAUGGAGGCGCCAUCCAUGCCUCAGAUGCAAACCCCUCUCACCAGCGAUAUGGACAUCAUGCCGUACACGCCUUCCCAGUCCACACCAAAGAUUAAAGGCUUGUCAAAGAAGGAAGGGGCCAAGAGGAAGAUCAACAUGAGCGGCUACAUCCUGUUCAGCAGUGAAAUGCGAGCCGUCAUCAAGGCCAGACACCCGGACUUCUCCUUCGGGGAGCUCAGUCGUCUGGUGGGCACCGAGUGGAGGAACCUCGAGGCCUCUAAGAAAGCCGACUAUGAAGAACGGGCAGCCAAAAUUGUGGAGCAGCAAGAACGGGAGAGGCCAGCCCAGAAGCAAGCAUCCCCAAGAUCAGGUACCCCCGUAGGGUCACUGAUGGGGAUCGUGCCUUCGCCUAGCACGAUGGGCAUGAUAAACCAGACCAUGACACCUGUGUCAGGCAUGAUGGGAGCUUAUGGGCCACCUUACGUGCCUAUGCAGGCCCCCCAUGAGGGUUUGUUGAGUGUGGUCACAAUGCCACCUUACCCUGCAGGGGGGCCCCACCUGCCUCCUCACCAUCUCCAUCAAGGUGGUAUGCCUGGGUACCCAGGCAUGCUUCAUCAGGGCAUGAUGGCCGGUGCUGUGAAUGGCAUGUCGGGGAGUCCCGCCUCUGGAAACUUCAUGCAGCAGCCUGGAAUGUUCAGCCCAGGACAACACGCUCCGCCUCCAUACCCAGGACAGGGUCAGCCCUCCCACCUGCAACCCACCGCUCCCAUGUUUGUGGCGCCGCCACCCAAGACGCAGAGGGUGCUGCACUCUGAGGCCUACCUGAAGUAUAUCGAGGGCUUGAACUCCGACUCUAGCACUGUCAGCAAGUGGGACCAGACACUGAAAGCACAAAGGCGAGAUGCUCACUUCACCAAAGAGCAAGAGAGCCGGCUUCCAGCUCAUUGGCUAAAAAGCAAAGGGGCCCACACCACAAUGGCGGAUGCACUAUGGCGCCUGCGUGAUCUGAUGCUGCGGGACUCGCUAAACAUAUGUCAGGCGUACAAUCUGUGACCUGCAGAGCUCACUCCCUACCUUAACUACCCUCCAACCUGGAAAAAAAAUUGUACACCCUAGAAGCAAUAUUUUAUAGUCAUUCACUAUGAUUUUUAUAUUUAUUAGCAAGUACAGUCCAAGGAGCUUAAUAAUUGUGUGCAUUUUUUUUUACUCUGGUUAAUUAAUUUUGCAGAAAAAGAUUUUUGGCUUGUUGGUACAGUUAAAAUAAACUGAAGAAUAUUUAAACUUGCAAGAGCCUGUAAUU